AUGAGCAUAACUACUAAGUCCAGCCAAGUUCCCAAGUCUAGAGCACCAAAAGUACAUUUCUCGCUAAAGACAGAACCGGAGCAUCCGAAGUUUCACCAUGCAUUCAUGCCUUCCCGACAUCCAAAAAUCACGAUUUUAGUCUUGAAAGAUAGAUACUUGAGUCAUGCGUCGCGUCGAAGUGGAAAUAGGAAAGGGCUUGGCUCGUACUUAAAUUGGCCUAGUUCAACUAAGGAGUCUUCCUUGGCCCGAUCCCGGCCUGUUCAAGAACUUGGGAAGCAAGCUCAAGCGGCUGGAGAGAAAUGA